AUGGAUUCACAGUGUUUGCCUUGGCUUCUGCUCUGUAUGACUUUCCUUGUGGUCUCUGGCAUGCUAACCCCAGAAAACUUUGUCAUAGAUGUAGAUGGUGGCAAAGAUAAGGAUAUAUUUGACAUCAAUGAAGCUUUGGGACUGAACCUUUUUGAGGGAGACAUCUAUCUUCAUGAGAGAGACAGAGGUUCCUUUAUUGGUGAUGAAUAUAGAUGGCCUCACAUCAUCCCUUAUGUCCUUGAAGAUAGUCUGGAAAUUAAUUCUAAAGGAAUUAUCCUGCAGGCGUUUGAACGGUACCGCUUAAAAACCUGCAUUGACUUUAAACCAUGGGAAGGAGAAGAGGACUAUAUUUCACUGUUCAAAGGACAAGGGUGCUUUUCUUCAAUUGGAAAUGAGCACGUUGGCAAGCAACAUAUUUCCAUAGGAGACCAUUGUGACACAGUAGGUAUAGUUCAACAUGAACUCCUCCAUGCCCUGGGAUUCGUGCAUGAACAGUCCCGUUCUGAUCGAGAUGACUAUAUUAUCAUAAUGAGAGACAAAAUUAAGCCAGGCAAAGAGUAUAAUUUCUAUGGUUUCAGUGAUGUGAAAGUAGACACCCUGAAUGUUCCCUAUGACUACACAUCUGUGAUGCACUACAGCAAAAAUGCCUUCCAAAGAGGCACAGAACCAACAAUUAUAACAAGAAACCCUAACUUCAAAGAUGUGAUUGGACAACGAAUAGAUUUCAGUGAUCACGAUGUUGAAAAAUUGAGUCGACUUUACAACUGCUCUUCUUCCCUAACCUUUCUGGAUUCGUGUGAUUUUGAACUGGAAGAUAUCUGUGGCAUGAUUCAAAGCCCAGAAGACAAUGGUGACUGGCAGAGGGUUUCACAGGUGCCAGGUGGGCCUGACACUGACCAAUCAUACCAGGACAAGUGUAAAGGCUGUGGUUUCUUUAUGCACUUCAACAGAAGCUCUGUGAACGAGGGGGAAAACGCAAUCCUGCAAAGCCGGAUGUUUUUUCCCAGGAGAAAUGUUCAGUGCUUGCAAUUUUAUUACUACAACAGCAGUAACCAAGAUGACCAGCUUAAUAUCUAUGUCAGGGUGUAUACUUCAGGAAAUGGUAAAGGCUUUCUUAAUCUGGUGGACAAAGUGAAAGAUCAACCCAUUGGAACCUGGCAACUCCAUCAUGUACCCUUAACAGUUACCACCAAAUUCAGGGUAGUAUUUGAAGGAACUCGGGGUAGCGGCACAUCAGCUGGUGGUCUCUCUAUUGAUGACAUCAAUCUUUCAGAAACAAGCUGUCCUCAUCACACUUGGAAGAUAAACAAUUUCACAAAAUUCAUCACCUCCAAAGGAGUGCUUCUUAGCCCUCCAUUUUAUGCUCCUUCAGGCUAUGCCUUUCAAGUCACAAUGGAUGCAAGUGAUCAGGUUAAGAUAGGGUUAUAUUUCUUCCUGAUCUCUGGAGCUAAUGAUGAACAAUUACAGUGGCCAUGUCCGUGGCAACAAGCCACAAUGACACUAUUGGAUCAAAACCCUGAUAUUCGUAGGCGUAUGUCCAACCAGAGGAGUGUGACUUCAGAUCCAUUUCUAAAAAGUGAGAUGGGUAAUGUAACAUUUUCUUGGGACAAGCCCUCCAAAUUAGGAGUGACAGCACUUUUUCCCAAUGGAACAUCAUAUAACAGAGGUCAUGCAUUUGGAACUUCGGGCUACAUAACCCACCAACGUAUUCAAAGCAGAGAUUUUAUCAAAGGAGAUACUGUUUACAUCCUAAUUAGUGUGGAAGAUAUAUCACAUCUCCUUUCCAGUGAGCCAUCAUUUAUUCCUACAAAGGUGCCUCCAUCAAACCCUAACAUAAGUCUUUGUGCAAAUGUCUCCUGUGAGAACGAUGGUGUCUGUGUUAUUCGCAAGGGCAAAGGGGAAUGCAGUUGUCCAUCUGGGAAAAACUGGUAACACAUGGAGAAAAAGUGCAAGAUGAAGGCUUCUACCAAGGAUGCGAUAAUUAUCAGAGUUCUAUUCAAUGCACCUGUAUUUGCUGUGUUGUUGAUAGUGACUCUUGUGAGCAUCUGCUGUGCUAAGAAGAAAUACAAUAUAAGGAGCAAAGCCACUACAUUGAAGAUGACCUUAGAACAUCCGCCACCCUAA